GACGAUGCUCAAAAUUGUAUGUCUGUCAUUACUCGUUCUCGUCCAAGGCGCCUUUGGCCAUGGAGGACAUGAAAACACAGGGCCCGCUGCUGGCGAAACAAUUCAACAGUAUGCGCAGCGACAUAUGUCGUCCGAGCACCAUAUUGAUUCAUUCGACAUUGGGAGUUUCUUCCAGCUUCACGACUUGGACAGAAAUGGCUUUUGGGAUAGGGAUGAAAUUGAAGCAAUCUAUGGUGUUCAUCACGUCUACUCACAGAAAAAGUCAAAGGAUGACAUUGAACAUCAGAAGAAAGCGGACAUGAUCGUGUCAACCGUUCUAGGUCUCCUUGAUUUGGAUAAAGAUGGCAAAGUGUCACCGGAAGAGUUGGCGAAGGUUGGGCUGGAUGGCUUGCCGAAUUUCGACGAUGUAGGUGCAGAGGGGCAUCAUUAUGAUGUUGAGAGUGAAUUCUUCCUUCACCACGAGGAAAAAUUCCAUUCUACGCCCGAAACGCAGACGGACGACUCUUACACCCACCCAGAAGACUUGGAGCAUUUCGCACACCACGAGGAUAUCGAGCGAAAGGAGGCUGAGAAGGAGGCCAAGUUCCAAGGGAUGUCGGUUGAGGAAGUUGUUAAAUCUCAUCAGGACGCCGAACAAGCAGCCCUCAAGAAAGCGGCAGAAGCCCCUCAAGUCCCCGUCGCUCCACAUCCUCAUGACGAACAAGUUGGCGACGUUCCCGUAGCUGACCCUCCUUCCGCUGCGAAGCCCCGGGUAACUCGAGUGACCCCACCGGAGAAGCAAGAUCCCGAAAUCAGAUACAAGGACGCCAAGAACAAAAAGGGGGAUUGGGGAUCUGGUCCUGGUGGGUACAAACCACCAGUGGAGCCGGGAGAUAAGAUGCGGAAAAAUCUACCAUACAAGAGUCGGAUGCAGUACAAAUUUCGUCGUAACUGGGGGGAUUUCUAGUCCAAAUGACCGAUUAUAUCCUGCUAGCCAGAUGCAUAUUAUUCCAAGUAGUUUGGUUACCCUUUGCCGUCGACUCGCUAAGUUAUAGGGGUUAGGAGGAUCCUACGACAGGUGCCUCGUUUCUCUUUUGUGUAAUGUAGCCUAGUUAUUUAUACCAUUCAGAC